UUGAUUGCAAAAUAUUUAUAAAAGUGCAAGGAAAGCGAGAUUUAGAACGCAAAUUGCAUUUUUCAGGACUUUGCGCGGCAAAAACGAUCGAAAUUUCGCAGAAACGUGUAGAACUUUGGCUUGUUUGGCAGGUAAAAGGUGUUUCGGAGACAAGUGAGGGCCGUUUUUCAUGGAAACAGACACUUUAUCCGAAUCAUCUUUCGUAAAUAGUUCAACCACAUGCAAGUAUUUUCUCCUAAAUUCAUGUCGCUACGGUGAUUCCUGCAAAUUUUCGCACACGAAUCCACAAUCGUCUGGCGAGACACACGACGAAUCGAAACCACCAACAGAAGCAGCAAAAACAACACAAGUCACAAUGACCCCAAUUCAGAACGACGAAGCAUCGACGCCUGUUUCAACUAUCGACCCGGAUAUUUGGAUCCAAGCGCCCGAAUUUGUCCCCAAGAAGCCCGCCAGCACGACAUUCGCCCAAAUUGUCGGAAAAAACUACCCCCACACAUACAUUACGCCCGUCAGUAGCAACUCCAACAGCAGCACAAGCAGUUCCAAGCAGAAAAUCGCCUCCGCGGGCACUUCAACGUCGGGUUGCGUCGACGCAUUUUCCACGCUGUGUCCCUAUAUGCUCGGCACGGGCAUCUGCCAAUACGACACGAUGUGCGGAUAUGUGCACGGAGACUUGUGCGAGCUGUGUCAAAAGUAUUGCCUUCAUCCGACGGAUUUGGAGCAGCAAAAGGCGCACAACAACGAGUGCAUUGCGCAGCACGAAAAGGACAUGGAGUUGUCGUUCGCGAUACAAAAGUCCAAGGAUAAGACGUGCGGCGUGUGUUUCGAGGUGAUUAUGGAGAAGCCAGGACGGGAACAGCGUUUUGGCAUUCCCAACUGCAUUCACUGUUUCUGCCUUGAGUGCAUACGGAAAUGGCGGCAAGCGGAGCAGUUUGACAACAAAAUUAAGCGAGCGUGUCCCGAAUGUCGCAUCACGAGUGACUUUGUGUGCCCGAGUCUCUUCUGGGUCGACACGAAAGACGAAAAGGAAAAGUUAAUUAACGACUACAAAGGAGCCUUGCAAGCCAAAGACUGCAAGUACUUCAAUAAGGGUCGUGGAAAGUGUCCUUUCGGAAAUCGGUGCUUUUAUCGUCACGUCGACGUCAAUGGCGUGCCCGUCGAUGUCGGAGUCCCUCCCCGACCUGUUCGUCGCCAAAAUCAAUUCGGUGAACUCGAGGUGUUCGAAGACCUUCACUUCUGGGAUUUCAUUAUCGAACGGAAUCUCCUAAUCGACGACGUCAUUUCCUUCCUCUCCGACAGCUCCAACAUUUCCGAUCUGAAUUUAGCCUGAGUUUGCGUUGCACGUCAAGGCUAAUCGUCAAAAAAAAAAUAAACAUAAAAAAAAAAUUAAUAAAAAAAAAAUUAACCGUACGAGGGAGCAAGCAAAGAUUUCAAAUAAACAUAUUAUUAUUACUAUUAUCAUUAUAUUAUAAACAUUAAUCAAUCAGGUACUAUUGCGCUGCUAAUA